AUCUGCUGGGUGAAAACGGGCAGUUGUUGCACCGUGUUGUGUAAAGUUUUGUUUAUAUCCGAGCGUAUCGUUGGAAGAAAAUGUCUGGCCGUGGCAAGGGUGGCAAAGCGAAAGCUAAGGCGAAGUCUCGCUCGAACAGAGCUGGAUUACAGUUUCCGGUCGGUCGUAUUCACAGACUUUUGAGAAAAGGGAAUUACGCAGAGAGAGUCGGCGCUGGGGCUCCGGUGUACCUGGCCGCUGUUAUGGAGUAUUUGGCCGCUGAAGUUCUCGAAUUGGCGGGAAAUGCUGCACGGGACAACAAAAAGACAAGAAUCAUUCCGAGACAUUUGCAGCUUGCCAUCCGUAAUGAUGAAGAGUUGAACAAGCUUCUAUCUGGCGUUACCAUUGCGCAGGGUGGCGUCCUUCCCAACAUCCAGGCUGUGCUUCUGCCAAAGAAAACAGAAAAAAAGGCUUAGGCCUCACAUCACAUUGACAAAAUGGCCCUUUUCAGGGCCACAAUUGCUUUUUGUUCGAGGCGCAACAACGUCGGUUUAUAAAAACUAUCAUUGAUUCUUUUAAUACUAGCGAUUGUCAAACAUUACUUAAUGAGACAUUACUUAAGACAAAUCUAUAGCAAUAUGUACAUUAAAGAAUCUCUGCUCCAAUGAAUAUUAUUGCAAAACACACGUAAGAAAGAGAAUUGAUAUUUUUCUCUCUGAAUCACAUACGUACUUGUUUCAAUAUAAAAAUCCUUACACUUACACUUUAGUCAUCGACAACGUUAACGUUUCUGAAUAUCUUAUCCCCGUAAUUUCAUAUUAUUAAGGAGUUAGAAUUUAUUUUUGUACCAAUGUAUCAAUAAAGCAUCAAUGAAGAUUAAUUUUC